AUGCUUCGUCAGUCGUUAAAUUUAAGAACAGUUUUUAAUACUAAAAAUAUAGUAAGAUUACAUUCUACUACUACAAGUAAACCCUUGGCUUCAGACGAUCAUUCUGCUGCUGCAAAUAUUGAUGCAGUUGGGCAUGCCUCGAAGGAUUUAUUUUCAGAUCCAAUAAGUGAAUUUAAGGUUUUCCCUAAAAUUGAAGAUAUCUCUCCAUCAGAAUUGGUUGGUGGUACCAAAUUCGGUAAAAAAAACUAUUUGGUGGAAAGAUCAUCUACUGGUAACUUACCGGUUUAUACCGAAUACAAAUCUAUGAAAUGUUACACUGAAAUAAGAAAGAUAAGAGGCAAUCCGAUUCAGUUAAGAGACGAUUUACAAGAAAGAUUACCACAUAUUCCUAAAAAGCAAUUUAAAGUUAUUUUACAAUCCAAUAAGAUUUUGAUUGAGGGUAAUUAUGCAACUGAUAUUAAAAGCGUGUUAUCAACCACUUUUUAA